AGUCUAAAGGGACAGAAAUGGCCACCGGACUCCUCUGCCGCCCCAUCCAACUCAUUCAGGACUUCGGGUGACUCUCGUAGGUACCCCCUCCCGGGGUACACUCUGAGGGACUCGAUCCCUGCGCUGUAGGGGCACAGGUCUGGUCUUGGAGACAGACACACUCUGAGCACUGCCUGCCACUGGGUAAGGGAUGCUCUGGGGGGACGUGGGACGAGGUCUGAGGAGUCGUCACUUGGAGAGCCUCUAAAUGCACUCUCCAGGAAGAACAGGUGUCUGCCAGGGUGGAAGGAGGUGGGCAAAGCGAAUGAGGGCUGGAGGUAAAGCACCAGCAAAGGUAAUAAGAAGUAAAGUAUAAGAAAGAGGGCUGUCCAGCGGCUGGAGCACUGAGGUGUGAGCGCAGGGAUCACAGUGUGACUCGCCACACUGGGCAGGGCCUGGAAACCAUACUGGAGUUUGGAUUCAUCUCCCUACUACGAGGAAAGCACAAUACUGCCCUAACUUCCAGGUCAUAUCCGGAGUGGGCAGCCGGCAACCACAGCGGGAGUGGAGGGAAGGGGUGUCCCCAGCUAGGGACUUUGAAAUCACCAUACCCGAAUUCCAGGGAAGCUGCGACUUGGGGCAGAACCAUUCUCCGGAGGUGGAGAGGAGAGGAGAAGCCCUGCACUCGUAACCAGAGCCCAUGGAACCGGUUGGGAUGGCCACUCGACUCUUCUCCUUAUUCUGGUUUUUGCUCGCUGCCUCGCCACCAAGAGCUUCCCUUGUGCGCGACCCCCAGUCCCGGACCCACGGGUUGCUCCCGGCCGCCCACUCCCGCGCGUUGUACCGCUCGGCGGGCGCCCACUCCGGGCGCUGGUUAUCCAGGCCUGGCUGCUGCAGCCGGUUGAGGCGUUGCGUCCUAAGGGAUCGGGGCCCCGGCACCCGCGGCCGGACAGGGGGCAGGAUCCAGAUCCCCAUCCGUCUCGGGACGUCCAGCCCCAGCUCGCCUGACCUCCAAGGCUGGAUCAGGGGCCGAAACCUCACGCGCGUCCGCAUUCUCAGCCGCCCGGGGGAAUGCCCAGUACGUGCCCAGCAACUCGGACGCGCCACGGACCCGUUUCAUAUUCCAGGGACCCUUUGGUCCCCGGGCCACUGGCCUGGGGACUGGAAAGGCGUCGGGCAUCUGGAAGACGCCGGCAGCCUACAUCGGGCGCUCCGCCUUUAUUCGGGAUCUGGAGGAAGGUGCAGGGCGGGUGAAUGUGUCUGUUUUCUGAGGCACGCAGGAGGCUCCAGUGAGUCGGCCAAGGCUGCCCUCUGGAGAGAGCGGGACCUAAAUACGGCGGCUCGCAUUGGCCAGUCCCUGGCGAAACGGAACCGUGCUCUGAUGGAGGAGAACAGCAAGCUGGAAGCCAUGCUGGGCUCAGCCAGGGAGGAGAGUUUACAUCUCAGACGCCAGCUGUGCUUGAGAGGUGAUUUCCUCCAGCUCUACUCCGACUCUGAUGAGGAGGAAGAGGAAGACGAAGAGGAAGAAGAGGAGGACUAAGAGGAAGAAGAGGAGGAGGAGGAGGAAGAUGAGGCAGAGGCAGAGGAAGAAGAGGCAGAGCAGCAGCACCAUCAUCCCUAUGGAGCCCGUGGGUUGACUUCCGUGCGGGAGGUUGAGUCGCUACACUACUGCCCCCAGCUGGAAACCCUGCAGGAGCAGCUGAGACGGCUGGAGGAGGAGAACCAGCCCUUGAGAGAGGAGUAUGGAGCCCAGAUGGAGAAGUUGCAGCAGCAGCUGGCUUUGGAGAAGGAAAUCCAGAUGAGGCUCCAGGAUGAGGAGUCACAGGAUAAUUGCAGAGGAGACGUCACACCUGGGGAGCUGGGGGCCACAGAAGAGGGUGUGCCUGCUGUGGACGGGUUGACAGAAGAGGUGGAGCUGGUGUUGGAGGAGGCUGAAGCCUGGGAGGAGGUGGAGCUGGAGCUGGAUGACGGCGUGGUGACCUCGACGCUGGAGGCCAGCGGCUUGGGCCCCUCUCACCUAAGCAUGAAGUAUGUCCUCCAGCAGGUGGCUGACUGGUGGGACUCAGGGUACAGGUGGCAACUGAGACAGAAGAUGUUCCAGAAAGGUGAGAAGGCUUUGCUGUGUCCCAGCAGCCUGCAGAGGCUUCACAGACAGCCUGAGGCCCAUCCUUCAGCUAGCUGCCUGGCCAAGUCCCACCUGCCCCGGAAACCUCCUUCCCACCCUCCCAAAUGGGACCCUCCUGUGUCAGCGGUGCACCUUCUGUCCUGACGAACCUGGGCUGGGCCUUAAAGACCCAAGCCUGCAGGCUUUCUUGAGAUAGGGGACCCUGGCCCUCACUCUGCAACUGGGCCUGGGAUCACGUGCUAGUCAAGGGGGCGGUGGAAGCCCAGGGGGAGGCCGGCCAGUUUCCAGACCCAGCUCUGAGCUGGGCUGGAGGUGAGGCUCGGGCCCUGGUGCAGGAAGGUGUUCCGACGACUCUCCUAACAACAUGCACCUUGACCCCCAAGGUAAAGGUGGCUUCCAAGUCCUUGCUGACUUUCAGGGACCUGGCCCUCUUCCUCCAUUCUUGGCCCUUUCCUCUCAGUCUGUCACUACUGUUGGAAACCCAGAGUGUCUGUAUGUGAGGCCCCCUCUGUCCACUGGGGACCUCCUCCCCACCUCCCUGUCUGUGGCCCUUGAGUAUCUAGGCUCCCUGCCCAAGUCAACCCCUUCCUGUUGCCCUCCCCUCCUCAUUUCUUCAUUCCAGAUGUUCUGCCCUUUUCUACUCUUUAUUCCUAAACAGCUAGACUCUGGGACUCAGGACCCCACUCGGUCUGACCCUACUCCCUGCUGUGCUACUUGCUUUUCUGUUCUUCUGUUGCUUGUCAGCCCAUACACCUGCUGGUGCAGGAAAUAAAGGACCUGUGUGCUACCAGGCCUUCACUCUGGCAUCUUUCUCUGGGAGCGUGUGUGCGUGUGUGUGUGCAUUCGUGGGUGC